CUGUCAACCGAGGAAGGGUCUGGCGCUAAGAGCUGUUGGCAUGACACACUCCGGGCUUUGCAGGAUCAUGUUUACCUGUCGCCUGCCUUGGUGGAGAUCCAGCGCUACCUGCAAGCUAUGGCAGGCAGGUGGCUUUCUGCCUCGCGUCUGGGAGAGGUGCCAACCACCAGGUUGUAAAGGAAUCAACGCGACUGCGCGGCAGGGGCAACAAGUUGGCAUGCAGGAGAAACAAGUCUUAGAAGAUCUGGAUAUGCCCCUUGCAAGGAGAGAAAUGGAGACCCUCUUCCAAGAGCAGCCCGAGACUGGGAACCAGUAUUUGGAAGAUGCUUUUCUUCAGAGUUACUUGAAAACUCACCUUCCUCCCAAGGUACUGGAGGAGGUAAGUCAGGAUCUGGAGAGAUUUGGAAACCGUCUGCUAACCACGAUCAAACCUCUAGGAUGGGAAUGCGAGUUGAACCCCCCUGUGUUUCGGCAGUAUGAUGCCUGGGGGCAGCGGGUGGAUCACAUUGUCACCUGCUCGGCCUGGAGGAGGAUGAAGGAGAUUGCAGCAGAAGAGGGGCUGAUUGCCGAGGCCUAUGAAAGAAGAUACUCCAACUGGAGCCGCCUGCAUCAGGCUGUCAAACUGUACUUAUUUUCAAGCUUAUCUGGAGGUUUCAGCUGUCCACUGGCCAUGACUGAUGGGGCCGCCAAAGUCAUUGAGUCACUAGGUAUUCCUGGAUCUAUGAAAAAUGCUUUUGACCACCUGACCUCCCGUGACCCCAAGAAGUUCUGGACCUCUGGCCAAUGGAUGACUGAGCGCAGGGGAGGCUCUGAUGUUGCGAAUGGCACCGAGACAGUGGCCAGAAAGCAGCCAGAUGGUACAUAUCGUCUCUAUGGUUUUAAAUGGUUUACAUCAGCUGCUGAUUCUGAUGUGGCGUUAACCCUGGCCAGGGUAGCAGAUGCUGAAGGAGAAGUAAAGCAGGGUUCCAGGGGCCUGUCCCUGUUCUUCCUGAGGGUUUGCGAUGAGGAGGGGAAGCUGAACAGCAUCCAAGUGCAAAGGCUGAAGGACAAGUUGGGCACGCGGCAGAUGGCAACAGCAGAGCUAUGGCUAGAUGGAGCUAAAGCAGAGCUGAUCUCUGCAGAGGGUCAUGGCGUGGCCUCCAUCUCCCACAUGCUGAACAUAACUCGGAUCCACAAUGCCAUUGCUGCAGCAGCUUCCAUGAGAAGGAUGAUCAGUCUGAGCAGGGAAUAUGCCCGUAGGCGUGUUGCCUUUGGGAAGCUCCUCAAGGACCAUCCCCUGCACAUGCAGACGAUCGCCCGGAUGGAGGUGCAGACACGAGGGGCCUUUCUUCUGAUUAUGGAGAUCGUUCGUCUGCUUGGACUUGUAGAAGCCAACAUGGCGAGAGAGCAAGACCAGCUUCUCUUGAGACUGCUGAUACCAGUUGCCAAACUGUACACUGGGAAGCAGGCUUCUUCUGUUGUUGUUGAGGCAAUGGAGAGUUUUGGAGGACAAGGCUACAUGGAGGACACAGGCUUGCCGGUCAUAGUCCGUGAUGCUUUGGUGCUGUCCAUAUGGGAGGGAACAACAAAUAUCCUGUCACUUGAUGUCCUGCGAUCCCUCACCAAGAGCCAAGGACAGGCGAUGGCUGUGUUCUUCUCCACAGUGCAGAAAAAACUGGAGUUGGCUUCGAGCACUGCAAAUCUGGAACCCGCUGUGAAGCAAACACGGGAUGCCCUCGGCAGCCUCACGCGGUUCAUGGAGGCAGCUGGUUCCCAGGGGGCAGCGACCAUGGAGCUCGCAGCAAGAGACUUCUCCUACACCCUGGCGAGGAUCUACACAGGGGCUCUUUUAAUCGAACACGCAGCACGGUCUGAUGCUUCCUCCACCGACAUCGCCACUGCUCGAAGGUGGUGCAACCAGGAGCUGUGUCCCGUGGCCGCAGAGUUGGAGAACAGCAGCUACGAGGCGGAGGCCACACUCAUGGACAGCGCGCUGGCCUACGAGGGCAGCCCCGCCCGCAAAGACUAA